AUGCUUUUCGUUACAGUUAGCAAAUUUGGAGGCUUCGAAGAAAGCGUCACCCUUGAAGAUAAAGAAGCUCUAUGUUCUGGCUGGUCAUUUGUACAGCCAAAGUUCUGUCGACGGCAGUCGCGGGCGGGAGGCGGCGCGGUGCUGGCGCGGCGCGCGGGCGGCGCACUGGGCGGCGGCGGGCGCGGCGCGGGCGCGGGCGCGGCCCCUGCGCGCCGACCUGGCCGCGCGCGCCGCCGCACGACUCAUGCAGCACCAUGCGGCGCUGCACCCCGCAAUGCACACACAGGUCACCAUCACGACAGAUUCCAUUAA